AUGGAAAUAAUCGACGCCGCGAGCGUGCCCGUCGCUACGUCCAGCCUCGCCGGCGCGUUCUACAAGCCCCAAAUAAACGGCAGCAGGUUAGGGCGGAGCACCUGUCGCAGUAAUGGUGUGCCGACGCGGGGAGCAGUCGAUACGCGGCGGUGCGGGGCGCCUUCCUCCACGCCACGCGCGACGGGUCGCAAUGCGGCGUGCCGCGACGCGAAGCGCCACCGCCGGCGCUGCCACUGGCGCCAGCGGAUGCUGCAUGGCGGCUGGCGUGGCCGCCGCAUUGCAGGCGCCCUCACGGCCACGCUAAUGGCCGGCCGGCACGCCAGCGCACGCCACGGCAAUGUUCCCUGCUGCGCCAGCACUGCCUCGCCGCCAACGGCGCUGAGCCACAUCGCGGCCCACGGCUCGCUGCCCAUGCUGGAGGCGCUGCUGCAGCACCCCGAGGUUGACGUCAACAAGGCGGACAACGAAGGCAACACGCCGCUCCACUACGCCGCGCAGGCCGGCCACGUGGAGGUGCUCAACUACCUGCUGAGCCGGAGGCCCGACGUCGAGGUGGACGCCCGCAACGCGCUCGGCUUCACGCCACUCAUGAAGGCCGCGCUGCAGGGCCGCACCAAGUGCGCCAAGCUGCUGCUCUUCGCAGGCGCGUCGCCGACGCUGCGCGACUCUGGGCGGGGCCUGCGCGCGGAGCAGUGGGCGCGCUUCUGCGGGCGCUACGUGUGCGCCGAGGUGAUCGAGAAGUUCGCGCGCCACCGCCUGCUGGAGCGCACCACGGCGUACGGCCGGUGGGGCAGCGAGCCGGAGCUGGGCGCCCGCCUGCUGCUGGGCGCGCGAGCCUCCGCCCCCGAGCCGCGCGCCUCGCCGCCGCCCUCGCACGGCCACGGCCUCAAGUCGCGCCUCCGCAAGGCCUUCCGCACCAACAGUAGCUCCGGCUCAUCCUCGUCACCGCCACCAGCAGUGUCUCGCUACUCACUGGUGACGCAGCUGACGACUGCUGCACUGUGUGCCAGCUCCCCAGUGCUGCCUGCUGCACCACAUGUGCCACCAGUUGUCAAGUCGCUUAUCCGGCCACUCACCGUGCCCAAGGUGCAGGUGACACUGGCAGGAUCCGACAAUGCCCAGGAAGCAGAGACUGAAGAAAAUGUGAUGCAGCAGCAGCAACCACCACAGCAGCAGCAUACAACUCAACAAAAGCCACCAACAGCAAAGUCAGCCCAAGGAACUGCAAGGCACAAAAAGAAGAAAUAACAUUUACUCAUUGGUCCAUUGCCAUACACACUGGCUCCAGUGUAUAAAUUGGCAUUCAUCAACAAAGGCUGAAAGUGUGUUUACAAGAACUUGUGGUGUUUCCUUCUUUUGGAGCUGUGGAUGCACAGGUGCUAAAUUGUUUCUGAAAAUCCAGUGAAAUUUCUGGGGCAGAAACAGCUGGAUUAGGAGGAGAACAUCAUAAAUAACUGAACAGCACUGCUGUGUCUGUGGAUCAUCAGAAACUGCACAGAUGGCACUGAACUCUUCAGUUUAAAAAUCAUCAAGCUAUAACACAGGGUGUACCUUUAUACAGUGCCUACAAGCUCACAGGUCCAAAAAUUUUGAUUCCAUUAAGAACAAAGAUUAUUGUAUUGAUAAGUUCAGAUUUUUUGUAGAACAUUAAGCUAAACAGUUGGAAAAUGAAAAAUUGGUGAAAGCAGUUACUAUACAACAAAUGAGCAGAAAAAUAAAUGCAAGAAAAAUUUAUAUUCAUUGUAUUUAAGCUUUGAUCCUGCAAAAAGGCUAUUUUGUACAUCUACAAAACUGUUCUAAUUGCCAAUAAUUCUCCUUUAAUGCUAAAAUUUUAAUGAACUUCAAUGUCCACACAAAAAACUUACCUAUGCACCUUCAUCUCUUCUUUAGACUUCUGAUGUCCAGCUCUCUCUCUCUCUCUCUCUCUCUCUCUCUCUCUCUCUCUCU